AUGAUAAUUGGUCAAUUAACAGUCUACGCACAAACUUUGGCUAUUGAGCCAGCGAACGCGGUGUACCACCAUCUGGACCCAUGCUGCCGGGAGAGCGCGCUUACACCCAACCCGCGCACCAUAAGUUGUUCACCCACCCACAGCUACCUUAGACCCCGCCGCCGCAACAGUACAAUCACGCAGGGGGAGGGCAAGGCAUAUACA